CAGCCGGGACGAGCUGGUAUCUGCGUCCCAUCGCCACGCAGCUCUCUUGAGCGUACCAGCAAGGGCGACAGUACGAAAGGCUCAGAACCCCCCACUCGAUGGAUUACGCGUCGAAUUCCAAGGCAGAGGAUAAGGCGGUCGCUAGAGCCACAAAGGUGCGCCGGAUGCACUCGCCCACCGCGGGGAGCGCGGAGCGACCGAAGGGCGAUCCUCCGGUCUCAAACGGAUACGCUGGCCUCAAGCGAGCCCGCAAAGCCAUCAAUUGCGAGCCCUGUAGGGCCAGCAAGCUUAAAUGCGACAGGAAUCGCCCGUGCUCGUCUUGUGUCCUGCGAGGAAUGUGUCAUGGGUUGACUUUGCGCUCCCACGGAGACCUUCGAAUUCGAACUACCGCACUAUGUUAUCAAGGUCAGGAAGGCAGUCCCUCGCGUAUUCAGGACAUCCGACGACAAGUUGACCCUCUAGGCGAAAUCAUCCGUAUACGCGACUCACUCGCCCUUCUCGAGUUGCAUUGUAAAGACACGGGCGGCUCCCGCUCAACAAGUACCAAUCCAGCAAAUUCCUCGGGUUUUCCGCCGCAUCCCAUUGCAACGCCAUCGAAACGACUCUUUGAGAGUAUGGCAGAUCCGCCAUCUCGUUCCUCAGCUUCUACUCCGCUUGGAAAUACUGCGAAGGCCGCUGACCCGAACAUCAUCAGCACGCCUGGUAAGCAUGGGCAGCACAACUCGGGCGGCCUAUACGAAGGCCCGACAACUGUGACAUCUAACCUCAUAAACACAUCUGACAAGGACGAAUCCGAUGCGAGCGAGCACCCUCCAACGCCUUCGCGAGAACUGGAGACCGCGCUUUCGCCAAGCAGCACGGUCUCUGCAACCUUAGCCUCUGCCUAUGACGAAGACCUCAUCGCAGCCCUCCCACCCAUCAACACCGUCGACGAGAUGGUCGCCUAUUACUUCAGCUACUGCAACUGGAUCUAUCGACACGUGAAUGAGCCUGCAUUGCUAGACGGCUGGGCGUGCUACAAGGAGGGGCAGUCGGGCGACCGCGUCGUCUUCGCGACCGUGUGCGUCCUCAUCGCGCUUGCGGUCUGCUACCUGCCGCCAGGGCAUGCGCUCCUCGCGGGCCUGGGGGCGAGCGAGCAGCUCGCGCAGAAGUACAACGGGCUGUCGCAAACCGCGCUGCAACGGUACCGCGCCGACGCGGAGAGCCGCACCCGCACAUACACGCUCGGGCUCGUCGAGCUGCUCCUCGCGCAGUCGCACUACAUGACGUUUGCGAAGGAGGGUCCCGAGGAGGUGUGGGCGCUCGGGUCAGAGCUCGUGUCCGUCGGGAUGGCGAUGGGCCUGCACCGCGACCCAGGCAAGCACCGCUACGAACGCACGCUCGCGGAACGGCGGCGCUGGGCGUGGUGGCACAUCCUGCUCUUCGAGCGCUGGCAGGCGUUCAUGUUCGGGCGCCCGCUGCAGAUCGCGUCGCACCAUUUCGACACGCACCUCCCGACGUUCUGCGAUUCGGCGCUCGACCCGUCUGGUCAGGUGUACAUCCCGAACCUCGUGCUGUUCCGCCUGGCGUACAUCCUCGGCGAUAUCAUGGACGACGCGGUGUCGUUCCGCCCGGUGCCGUAUGCCGCCGUCCAGGAGCGCGACCGGAUGCUCAAAGCGUGGUACGACGCGCUCCCGCGGGAGCUGCUCCUGGACGAGUUCGCGCUGGCCCGUGGACUAACGAGCGUCGAUUCCGACUUGCGGCGCCUCGCAGUGCAGAGCGUGAUUCACCGAUGCGCGUACUUCCAUAUCCGCUUCACGCUUCACAGGCCGUACGUCAAGCUUCCUGAGAGCCUCGAAAUCGCCGUGAGCGCCGCGUCGGGCCUGAUCUCGCUCUUCGCACAAGCAUUUAACGUCGCGUGCGUGCCGGGCCACCUCAAUUGGGGCCCGUUCCACGUCUUUUCGGCGUUGAUGUUCUUUAGCUUCCAGCUGAUCAAUAGCCCGAACCAGCCAGGCAAGGGACUGUUCCGAGAACAGAUUCGCAAAGGAAUGGUGCUGCUCGACCAGUGCAGGGUAUUGCCCGUCGCAGACAAGGCGUUGAUGAUCCUGCAGGCUCUCGAGCCGCUGUAUGCGCCUGGCUCGGAGAAGGAGUCGCCCGAGGAGCGUUCCAAACGCAAGGCGCAGAUUCUCAAACUUGUCAAAAACCUUGCGUUUCCAUAUCAGGAUUUGGCGUAUUCUCGCGACGUCGAGUCGCCUGGGUACAGGCCGUUUUCACCCAGGGUUGCAGAAUCUGCCAUGGCGUCCAGGAACGACGUUCAGAUGCAGAUGGAAGGAUCACCUGCGUUGCAUGUGCAGGUGCAUGAUCAUACAGUCAUCUCAACAGCGUCGAUGCAAUGGCCGCCGGUGCAGACUGAGGAUGACGUUAGCCCCCCAUACAUGCACCCACCGCCGGAGUCUCCACUUGCCGUGCCGCAACAAAUGAUGAAGCGACGACGUACGGCUAGUGAGACGCAUCAACAGUUACUCAAUAUGCAAAAAUCACUCGCAGCUGAUCCCGUCCCUUCUAAUCGUAUCGGCCAUCCACCGCGGCCACAGCCACCUCCGGGGCAUGCCCCUGCUCCUUCACCAUACUCUCGUCCGACGAUGAACUCAUAUGCCGUGCAGCAGGCGACGAUGAUGCAGCAGCCGCAACCUCACCACGUACAGGCAUUUGACGGUGGCCAGCCGACGGGGUACUUACACCCGGCAGAUGAGAGCUCCAUGUGGGGCGCUUCUGUGGGAUUUGGGUUGGGCGAGUGGGCGCAAUUCCUGAACGUGGUGCACCGUCCAGACGCUCCUACGCGACACAGUCACAUGGAGCGCCACCCCGGGUCUUGAGCUUGCAACGUUUGUUGCAAUCGCACGGUGAAGUCGGGUCUCUUUGUAUAGUAUGCUUGUAGAUCCCUGGUUGUGCUGUCCCCCACGCUACGGUAUCUAUAGUAUUGAGCUUGGUCUACCAUUUAUUUACAAAUACAUAACGAUCGAUAAGAUAAGGGACCUGGGCUUAAGGAUGACCGAAG